GUACAACUCAACAACGGUCUCCCAAGUACGGCUGGUGGUUGACUUUUGGAGGGGUGUAGACGAUUUGCUUCUCUGUGUCGACGCCUGACCAACUAAAAUAUUACAUUGGCAUUUAUCAUUUUCAGUUGCUUUGAUGGUUUCAUUGAAGAUUCUGGAACUGCACUAAAAAGGACAACCUGUCUUCGCGCAACAUGAAAUACCAGAGCAUCUGAAAGAUGAUCCUGGAUUCCUCUUGGACGACAUCACCCAUCUCGAACACUGAACGGACUUCAGCUACGGACUGAAGACCUACAGGGCGCCACCACCAUGACCAUGAAGGCCGCCAAGGCCUUGAAGGGCCUGAAGACCCUAUCUGCGGAUCAGAUAGGUGUCCUAAAGAGUGUGAAGGCAUCUGAAAUGAGUAGUGAUAUCCGCUGUCAGAACCAUGCAGAGAAAGAAGCACUACGGAAACAGAUCAACAUCUGGUAUCAAGACCAACACGAGGCAGUGAAGAAAUUGUCUCAAGAUCAACAACAUGCUUUCAGGAAUCUCAUCAAAUUCCAGAACGAAAAGAGAAAGAUACAAAGACAGUCAUACAUUCAGAAACAACGCGCAAUCCAGCAAACGCUUCGAGAACAGGCCAUCAAAGACAGGGAAGCCGCCGCGAGAAAGUUUCUUGAGAGCACUAUGAAGAAGGGGAAGAAGAAAAUUGUGCAAAGACAAAAGGACAAAUUGGAGACAAAACUUGAAGAUAUAGAUGAGAAUGAUGACAUUGAUGUUGAAGAUGAAAACACACAGCAAUCAGUUGGUGAUAGAUCAGAGGACGAAAACUUCAGGAUAGUUGAAGAAAAUAAGAACCAAAGUGAGGACAAAAAUCAGGGGGAAGUUCCUGGACGAGAUUCAGUCGACAGCGGCAUUGCAACAAAUUCAGUUGACUCUCAAAACUCGUUUGCCAAAAUUGCCGAGAAACUGCCUCACCAUCAAUCAGUAAAACUAAAGGACUUCGUAGGCAAGAGAGAAAGAAAAGUGACAUUUGUGGAAGAAAGGACAAGUGACGUAGAUGCCAAUUCGGAUAUUGACGACAUUGAAGAAAGAAAAUAUGUUGAUGAUCAUGAGAGCAAUGACGUGAUGGUAAAACCUAUAAGCAUAUCACACCACCAAGUGACUGUUAUUGAUGGGGAAACGGGACACUCAGAAAUCCUUCCUCGGCAGAAAACUCACAUUGUCGAUGAAUCUCUUUUCCUUAGGAACCAAGUCGGCGGCCUCUCUCUCAGAUCAAACAGAAUGCCCGAUAUUCAUCGGGCCCAUCUUAGACCCAGUACAUCAGAGAGACAGCUACGGGAUGAUGGUGGGGUUGCCAUGCCAACAAGGACGGACUCCGAUCUCGAUCGCAUUGAUGCGAUCGCACGCGAAAAUGGAAAGUCACACUACGCAGACGACACUGUUACACUCUCGCGAAUGAACACAACAAGCUCAAUCUUGCCGCCAAUUAGGGAAGAUGCACAGAUCAAUAGGCAACCGGACGAGACGCAGGAUCGUUUAGGAGCGAUCGAUGUCAUCACAGGAAGGACUUAUCACGUGGGUAGCGACAAUUCCGUUGUUGAUGCAUCUCCUGCCAAAAGUUUUCCAUCGUCUGUCGGUGAGAAGAUUCCUGAUCAGUCGGUGAAUGGAAGCGAUGAGGAAGAAGUGCAUAACGCUGGGAAUGAUGACGAUGAGGUGGAAAAGAGAGACAAAAUUCGAGAGAAGAGGAUGAGAGAAAGACGAAAGUUGGAGGAUGACAUGCAUAAAUACCAUGUGGGAAUUGCCAAUAGGACGUUUAAAAUACCAGAAUAUGAAGUCCCUCCCGUGUCUCGUGUUCCCGUAUACACUCGUAACUCGGUUGGUAGUCUGGUUGCCAGCGAGAAAACCGUUCGACUCGCCUCCGAAGAUUUUAAACUUCCUUCCCGGCGUCAGGAGUAUCUUAUUAAGAAAGCUCUCGAGUGGGAGGAAGCGAGGAAGGAGGUCAGGGAGAAAAAACUCAAAGAAUUUCUUGCCAAGAUGAAAGAUUUAGAACAAAGCCUACCGACGAAAAUUGACCGAAGCAAAAUAGGAAGUCGCCGGGAACCAUUCCAGACACAGAAGAGAGAUAGUAUCAGCCACAAUAGUAUGAAAUCAACCGUUUUUGGUCGCGCUUUGGCAACAGGGACCAAGUACACCGGAGAAUCCACCGACGUCAACGACCUCCGGAACUGCCGUUACAUUCGCCAGACGAGCAUUGAUAACCCAUCGAGUAGUCUGGAUGAGUCUUAUGAAGCAAGGAGGAGAAAAAGAGCCCUGGAUAAGGUCUCGAGUUGGGGACCACUUGGUGCGCCACAUGGUGGGUCUUCCAGGACGAAGAAAAGAACUUCAAGACCUUAUGUGUCAAUAUGACCAAUGGCUUAGCCGAAUGUGAACAGGAGGGGGGUGAGACAAUGUGUCCCUGAGGGCAUGCCGAAAAAAUUGCUCGUCUUAUGUGAAGGGUAUUAUAUGCAUGAUUCUUGCAUUUGAAAGCAAAUGAAAUUAAUGAGUGAUUAUGUAUCCUAUCGGUUUGAGGGUUUUGCAUGUGGCUAAACCAAAAACAUAUUUUUACUUGCCAAAAUAUUGUGCAGAAAAGUUCUGACGGAAGAAUUUUUCUUUUAAUCCGCACGCAACUCAUGUUCGCCUCCAACACAGUUAUCUCGAUAGUCGAUAGAAAUUUCAUAGACCAACAGAGUUGUUGGAGUCGACAAUUUGUUUAUAUACGCCGAAAAAUUAUCGCAAUGUGCUGAAAAAUAUCGAUGCACAGGAGUUUCUUAAUGAUGCCGAUAAAUUUUCACAUACGCCGAUAAUAUGCUCUAGCAACGGAGCGCCGAAUUGUCACACGAGUCUAUAGCAAUUUUCAUUUGAGUGAGUCGGGAAAUUUGUUGGAAGAAGAUAUUUUGUACAAAGACGACAAAUUGUUUUGAGAACCAUUAACGAAUUAUGCAGAAUAGCAGGCCAUGUUUCAUGAAGAUGACAAUCAUGGGAUCGGGAGCCUAAUAAUGAUUGUCGCAAAAAAGGAGAACUGUGAGUGUCGGCUUCUUCACAACUGUAGAUAAAGUCAGGGGCCCCUGAUUUUAUCUGUAGUUCUGAAGAAGAGGUAUAUACACAGGGCGUUUAAAGUUAGCGUGUAAGAAUAAAAAACCAUCACACCCAAACACAAAGUAUUUCCAUCGUACUUUGUCUAAUGUUGAUCUGAAAACUGGAUCAGUUCCGAUCUAGUCAAUUUUGAACCUGAUCAGCCUGACUCGGCAAGGAUAUCGGGCCAAUCUACUUUCUUUAGGGUGAUCGACAAUUAACACUCUCACUCCCUGCUCGAAUAUUUUGGACAUGUCCAAAUGCCUCCUACAUGGAAUUCAACCAAGCUAAUAGACCAAUGUAUUGAAAUCGAUUCCCUUGCAUAGCUUGAUCUACCAGUUCGAUAAUACUCUGAUCAUACUUCAUGCUAUAGGUUGAUGUCGAUCAGAUCAACCCGAUCAGUCUAGAUAAAGCCCGAUCACCCUGUUCGGCAGUGGGAAUCUUAUGGUACCUUUACCUUAUGAGGAUAUCGUAUAUUAAUCAUUAUAAGGUGAAAUGGUAAUUCGACAUUGGGAACCUAUAUACUUUUAUAUUAUAAUGGUGUAGAUUCUCACUGCUGAACUGACCAACUCGAUCAAACCCAGUGGGUGUUUCAUAAAGUUCACUUCCGAGUACGACUAGUCAUCUUUUCUUUUGGAACGACAUCAACAUCAAUAAAGAUCUGGGCCCCGUUGUACAAAGAGUUACGAUUGAUCCGAUCAAUCGUAACUCUAUGGAAAUCCAUUAGUGUCAUAAUUUUUUCUACAGGAAAUUUGCAAAAUGUCCUUUGUAAUCAAAGGAUAACACCCCAAAUUGUCAAGAAAUCAAUGAAUUUAUGGAUAUGCAUUCAUAUCUAGAAUUUUUUUUGAACAAACAUGCAUUUCGUAUGUUGACUUUGCUGGCUUGCCAUAGUUAUGAUCGAUCGGAUCAGUCGUAACUCUUUGUACAACGGGGCCCUGGUGUGUAUCAUUUGCCGCAAGAAAUGAUCCCCAGUCAUUUUGUUAACUGGUAAAGUCGCUUCUAACUUACGAUCCGCUUUAUGAAACACCCAGCUGAUCAGAAUCUUUUCCUCCAUAUUAUUCUUUUCUUUUUUUCGGUACCGUUACCAGAGUCAGGCUACCGUGGACGGCAUCAGUCUACCUUGAUCGACAUUGCUCUGCUAACAUAUACAGAUAUUUGAACCUAUCCAAAAUGUUCAAGAAGGGAGGCAGAGUUCUGUCAAUUGAUAUACUGAUAUUUUAUUGAUUUUCUGACAUCGAUACAUUAUUAUCAAAGUAUUAUCGCACAAAAUUGAGGCGGACUAAGUGAAGAUUCUGUCAAAGGUCUAGAACUAUGCGGCAUGCCAACUAAGCUGAACAUCCUUGUUCCUGGCUAUAGACCCAAUUCAAGUCAAGGGUAUGUUAUUAGUUCUCAGGAAUUUCAGCAAACAUACAAAAAUUAACACUGAUCAAUGGGAUCGUUGCACAAUCAAACGCAACUCGACUUUCCAUCAAUCAAAAGUGUUCGCGUCGGGAAUUGUGGUUGAUUUUGUAACUCGGCUUCAAACGCAACUUCUGCAGUGGAUCCCAUAUGAAACAUUGAUUUAAUAAUGGAUGAUUAACGACUGCAAAUCCAUGGGCCUCGUUUUAUUUUGAUUGAUUGAUUUGUUUAUAGUGUCAUUAUCAUUAAAAAAAAUGUGUUUGUCAUUUUAUGGCAUAAUAAAUUAAAAUGAUAUAAACACCAGUCAAUGAAAGGUGAACGAAAGUAAUCAAACUGUUCCGCUUUUGAAUAAUUUUUUUCAUUGUUUUAAUAAUUUUUCAAAAUAGCAAAUGAUCUUUUUGAGAAAAUGAAGAAAGAAUGUGAUACCAUUUCGAAGAAUAUGCAAAAAAAUACAGAAAAUUGCAAAGCUGAUAUACUACAGUGAGUUAUUUGCUUGAAACUUGCCAAAUAGUUUAUUUCUCAAGCAUGCAUGGGUAUCUCAAUAGAUUUAUACACCAGUCGUGUAUCGUGGAUGCCAAUAAUUUAUUGAAAUUAUGUAGUCGAAAUGCGUAAUAGCUAUUGUGCCAUGAAUGGCAUUACCAAUAAUCGAAAAGCAGUAUUAGCAAAUCGAACCAUUUACUGAAUCGUUGAUUUUGGUUUUACAGACGUUUAUCGAUGCUGAUUAAAUCUUCACAACUAGCUCCAUGCUGGGACAAACCAUUUUACAACACCGCCUGAUCUUAUACUGACAUAGGUGACAAAUAAUGGGGGACACAAUGAUCUGAUUGAUCACAAAUAUCACAAAUCAUUCGUUUAAUAAGACCAUUAAUUUCCACUGAAGUGAUCAAAACAAACCCGCUGAUAUUUAUUCCGGAUCAUAUCUGAACUACGCCCUGCGUGGUUAUUAAUUAUGAUUCAUAAAAUGUGCAUUCAUUGUGUAAUAAAAUCAUAUAUUGUGUGAAAAGUU